AUGGCUGAUAAAGUAAGGUAUUACCUAGAACAAUCAGUUCCCGAGCUAGAAGAUCUUAAAACAAAAGGUUUAUUCGAUAAAAAUGAAAUCACAAUAAUAAUGAGAAGACGUACUGAUUUUGAACAUAGAAUUACAGGUAGAGGAUCAAAACCUCGAGAUUUUUUAAAAUAUAGUGAAUUUGAACAAAAUUUAGAAAAAUUACGUAAAAAAAGAUAUAAUAGAUUAAAAGACUUUAUAAAUACUAAAUCAAGUAUUAGUGAUUAUGCUGGAGUACGCCGUAUAAUGUUUAUAUUAGAUAGAGGAACUAAAAAAUUCCCAGGUGAUUUACAAUUAUGGAAUCAAUAUCUUGAAUUUGCUAAAAGAAACGGUGCUAUAAAAGCUAUAUACAAAAUAUAUUCAAGAUUAUUACAAUUACAACCUAGAAAUAUUGAUGCUUGGUUAUCAGCUGCAAAAUAUGAAUUUGAAGAAAAUGGUAAUGCAAAGGGUACAAGAUUAUUAUUUCAAAGAGGUCUUAGAUUAAAUCCUGAAUCUGAAAAAUUAUGGUUAAAUUAUGUACAAUUUGAAUUAACAUAUAUUUCUAAAUUAUUAGCUAGAAAAGAAUUAGGUAAGAUUUUACAAGUUGAACAUGAAAUGGAAUUACCUAAUGCUCCUGAAAUUGAAGAAUUGCCUGAUAUUGAAGAAAAAUCACCAGCUUUGCGAGGAGAUAUUGUAAUAGCUAUAUUUGAAGCAUGUGUUGCAAAAUUGGGUUUAGGAGUUGUUGAAAAUUUUUUAAAUGUAAUUGAUCAAUUUGAUAUGGAUAAGAAUUAUCUUUAUAGUCAAAUUUUACAAUAUUUACAAACUAAUUACCCAAAUGAUAUAAGAACAAAAUAUAUUGAUACAACCCUACCUUUAAGAUACAAUGAUAUACAAUUAGCAGUUAAUAAAUGUUUAGCAUAUAACGAUAAAGAAUUAACAAAUAUGUUUAUAAAUAGACUUCGACAAAUUAAAGGUAAUGCUAAAAUAGAGUCCAUUAUACAAUCAAUUAUUAGAAAACUUAAUUAG